AGGGGGUCCUUCCCGGAGGAAGGAGGUAGUUUCUAGGCACUGAGCUCUGAGAACCAGACCCAGGUUCCAUGCUUAGCACUAGGGGGCAGCAACGAACCAGCAGGCCAGUAGUAUGCCUGGCAUGCUCAGUUAUCUAUCUGACUUUGGCAGGAAGAGGAGUUUUUGCAGACCUUCUGGGUACUCUUUUAGGAGAAAUGGAACAAUCGUGGGUAUCUGUCUGCUAGCUCAGCAGUAGGAAGUCCCAAAGUGACUCCCAAGGUUCAGAGAGGAAGCCUGACAUUGACCUGAACCUAUGAAGUGACAGCAAGACCUCCAGGGGCUACCCUCUGCCUUCUUUUCAUUUCUAAUUUUGGAUUGGAACUCAGGUCACUGCCCCUACCCAGUAAGUUACUGACUAUGCUCCUUACAGUGGACACAGGAAGCCCAGAGACAUUGCUUUCUCCAGGCUAAGUUCUUCCUAUCUUUGAUCAGGCAGGGGGAAAGCCAACAAUGACCACUGUUGUUCUGCUGACCAGAGAGUUUUAGCUAGUUGUUUGGGGACCAGGCAUGACUACCAAUAGAGUGUACUGGGCCCAGAGAGUCUAGGAUCAGACUAGACUGUGUGUCCACAACAGCCAGCCUAGCAUGAGGGUCUUAGGUCCAUGUAGUCUCAUUUGUGACUUGCCUUCCAGAUGUUAGCUGUUGAUGCCCUGUGGUAACUUUCCCCUCUGCAGAUUCCACAUUCUACAUUCCUGCUCUGCUGCCGCCUCAGCCUGAGGUCCCUGCCUAGCCCUGUGGGCAUAUUAACCCCUCCUCUUGAUGUUUUGCCUGUCCCCACCCCAACACUGCUGUGUCUCUUGAGGACUAGCCCUGCUCAGGACAUCAAAGUUGCCCUCUGACUGCAGCCACUUUUCCCCUGAGGGGCCUCCUCAGCUCAGCUCAGUUUGCCCCUUCCAUCAGGGCUGUGCUUAUGCUUCUUCCCAUGAUGAAGGUCAACAUCUGUGUCCUUCAGGCUGGCAUGGCUAGGCAAGGUCUAGCUCUGACUUGCCUGGCUUCCCAGCACCCACACAACCUGACACCCAGGGGGUUGCAUUAGUAGAACAAGAGUCAAUGGGGAGGAGGCAGGGCCCUAUGAGGACCGGCUUCAGUAAAGCUUGGCAGGCCUCUGAGAAGAGGGUGACCUCUCAGCAAGGACCUCACCACACGAACAGCCAUCAAGGCAGUAUCAGGGCCUCCACCUCCUUUGUAACCCUGCACCUUAUGUCUCAGCAUACUACUGCCCAUCUUGGGCCUCCCUGGACUCUAACCUAUAUAAAUCAGGUGGGGCUGAGGUAGGGACUACUGCCUAGAUGCCCAUGUAGGAGCCUGUCAGGCACAGCGAAAGCAAGUCUCUUGUGGGGCGUAGAGGGCCAGCAGGGUGGGAGGAGGGCUGGAAGCCACAGUGGGCUUGGGUACAGCCUCUCACUGCAAUAUUGAUGGCCCGUCAGUGCGGCCCUGAUUCCUGUGCUUUCAGUUAAAAGGUUUCUGUUGUUGUAGCUUAUGCAGUUGCUCUGUUGCUAUGGAAACAUGACAUCAAAAUGACGUUUCCCGUUUAAAAGCUUUUAACUAAAUUCCUGCCUGUCAGAUGUAGGCCCCAUUUUGAGCGUGGAGCUGCCUCGAGCAAGCGAGUGAACAAGCGCACUGCCUCUCGCCCAUGGUGCGCUGGCCAGGCCUGAGGCCCUGCCUGAGUGCCAUCCUUAACCCUGCAGGUGCCUCCAACAUGGCAGCAGCCGAAGUGCCUGGCUACCUUGUGUCUCCUCAGACGGAGAAGCAUCGGAGGGCCCGCAACUGGACAGAUGCAGAGAUGCGCGGCCUCAUGCUGGUCUGGGAGGAGUUCUUCGAUGAGCUCAAGCAGACCAAGCGCAAUGCCAAGGUGUACGAGAAGAUGGCCAGCAAGCUCUUUGAGAUGACUGGGGAGCGCCGGCUAGGCGAGGAGAUCAAGAUCAAAAUCACCAACAUGACCUUCCAGUACAGGAAAUUAAAAUGCAUGACAGAUAGCGAGUCCAUCCCGCCGGACUGGCCCUAUUACCUAGCCAUUGAUAGGAUUCUGGCCAAGGUCCCUGAGUCCUGUGAGGGCAAACUGCCGGAUGGCCAGCAGCCGGGGCCCUCUACGUCCCAGACCGAGGCGUCCCUGUCGCCGUCUGCUAAGUCCACCCCUCUGUACUUACCGUAUACCCAGUGCUCCUAUGAAGGCCGCUUCGAGGACGAUCGCUCCGACAGCUCCUCCAGCUUACUGUCCCUUAAGUUCAGGUCAGAGGAACGCCCCGUGAAGAAACGCAAGAUGCGGAGCUGUCACCUACAGAAAAAGAAGCUGCGACUGCUGGAGGCCAUGCUGGAAGAGCAGCGCCGGCUGAGCCGUGCCAUGGAGGAGACAUGCCGAGAGGUGCGCCGUGUGCUGGACCAGCAGAACAUCCUGCAGGUCCAGAGCCUGCAGCUUCAGGAGCGAAUGAUGAGCCUACUGGAGAAGAUCAUUGCCAAGUCCAACGUCUAGGCCAUGGAGAGAAUGCCAGGUGCCACACAGUCCUAUCCUGAGGCCCACCCAGGCUCAGAGUUCUGCUCAUUCAGGCCGGGUUCCAACCUGGCCUCUGUGCUUCUCUGAAGGGCUUUCUAGGACUCCAGUGGCAUUGGGAGACUUUGGGACCCCCAUCUCCAGCAUUAAUCCAGGGACUCCAGGAUGACAGGUAGUGAGGAGGUCCCAGAAGCCACUCUCCAGUAUAGUCUCUAUCUGAUACUUGAAACAGCUUUUGAUAUUAAACAUAACUUUCC